AUGUCAAGCAAGAAUACCAAACAAAGCUUCACUGUUGAUCCUAAAGAUUUGGCUCGAGUUAAUGCAUACAGAAGAAUUGGAGCAGGCCUGAUCUUUAUGGCUCUGCCAGCUAUCGAAAUCUACAGAAGAAUAUACCUCGAUAAGGAGAGAAAGAUACAACAGGGAGAGUACAAUCCGAAGGAAGGGACCUUGCGGCUCUUCUCUGAAGAAGAGAAGCUUGAGAAGUUCAAGAACAGCUGGAUGACGAAAAUAUUUGGCGAGAAGUAG